GAAGCCAGCCUUCACCAUUUUUGCAACGACAUUCUGCGGCAUUUUUCUCCGUGUUGCGAUCACACAAACCAUAAUUAAGUAUAAAUAGUAAACCAUUUGGACCGACACUGAACAAACAGUAAUGCAGCCAACUUCGGACAAGCUUUGCCUUCUUUUGAUCGGUAAAACCGGUUCAGGAGUGAGCGCUUCUGCAAACACUAUCCUGGGAGAACAAAAGUUUGAUUCCGCGAAGAGCCUGAACUCAAUCACCGACAGAUGCCAAAAACACACAGCUGAAGUGUCAAACAGAAGAGUUACAGUAAUUGACUCUCCAAACCUCUUUAAUUCAACUGACAUUGAUCUGACAGUGGAGUUAAAGAGAGGACUGGUGAUGUGCUCUUCUGGAGUCCACGCAAUCCUUCUGGUUUUCCCUUUACACACUUUCACUCAGCAAGAUGCAGAUACCAUAUUCUUGUUCAAGCAGAUGUUUGGUGAAAACGCCAUGAAACACACAUUAGUCUUGUUCACACAUGGAGAUGAGCUUCAAAAUAAAUCAAUCAGUCAACUCAUUAGACGUAAUGCAGAGCUGUCCAAACUAACAGAGGAGUAUGGAGGGAGAUAUCACUUACUGAACAACAAAGAUCUGAAUGACAGAGAGCAGGUCACCAAACUCCUGAUGAAGAUCCAGCGAAUGGUGUCUGAAAAUGACAACAGCUGCUACACUUUACAAAUGUUUGAGACUCAGUCACUCGACAUAUUUCUGAAGCCAAAGUAUUUGUAUGUGGUCAGUGUUGUCAUUGUGAUAGCUUUGGGUUGUGUGAGUAUGGAGAAUGUAGGGUCCUGGGAUUUUAAAGCAUUUCUACAUGCUUGUGCUGGGGGAGUUUUAUCAGCAUUGGCAGGUGUUGCUUCCGGACUCAUUUGGACAAAUAUAUGGAAAAAUAAGUGCCGUAAGGCUGGGAAAUGUACAAAAAGUCUUCUGAAAAAUCUGAAAGUGCUGGGAGUCUUGUGUGGCUGUGGUGCUGGAGGAAUCAGUGUGUUUAUUCUGGGUCCAGUGGGGUUAACAGCUACAUUAUUGAGAGGAACAGAGGGGGGUGUCAUGGCUUAUACCACAAUGAUGAAACAUUGCAGAAAGUUAUGAUGAAUUAGUCAUUCUCAGUAUGGUCACAAAAAUAUUCAUUUUCUUUUUUUAUAUAUCAUUAGCAUUGCCGUUGUUAAAAACUUAACUGUUAUAAUAUGAAGAGUUCAGAUGCAAAACCUUCUAAAAUCCAUCUGAAAAUCUCCUUUAAAAUUUGCAUUUAUAUUUGGCUGUUUAUGUUCAGUAAAUUCACUUUAAUGUCAUUGAAUAUCUUCUUCUCAUUACCAUUAUAGUGAAAUGACUUAAACAUAGGAGCUUGAUAAAAAUGCUAAUUUUGGAAGAAAAUUUCUGAUGACUUUUAGAGGGUUUUGAAUCUGAACUCUUCAUAUAUUGAUUUACUCUGAUCAGUGUUGUGUCUCAUAAAAAAAAAGAAAAAAAAGAUAAUUUGUUAUGGUUAUAAAGUCCUUUGAUUAAACAAUGAAAAAUAAAAAGUAUAAUAAACAAAGACAAUAUUAUUUGAGCAGAUUUACGUUUAUUGUAACAAUGUCAGAAUGUUAAUAAAUAAUUACCAACGACUUAAAUGGCAGAAAUCCAAACAGAAACUGCUUGAAAAUCAGAUAUCUAAAUGAUGAGUCAAGGUUUGGUGCAAAUAAAAACAAGGAAAUAAUACAAUAUA